AUGCCGCGAGGAAAUCUGAACUUGCAAAACCCUGAAGACCUUAAGAGCGUGAAUGGCGUUUGGCGAUGGGCGCCCGGCCUGGUGCCAGGUGAGCCCAACGAAGGCUUGGUGUCUCAACUUGAGGGCAGUCCAGCCAGAUUGCCCGACUAUGACGACUCAGGCUGGGAGGUCUGCAACGACCUUGCGGAGUGGCGCUCUCGCGGCGUGACCUUUGCCUGGUACCGCAUCAAGGUAACAUUACCCGAGCAGGUGGAAGGUCGGGAUAUUACCGGCGCCCGCUGCAUAUUUGAGACCUGCAUCGACGACUACGGUGAGUUGUGGAUUGACGGAGAAUGCAACCGCGACCGCGGCGCGGUUCAGGGAUUCAACGUGCCCCAGCGGGUGGUGGUGGACGCGGAGCCAAAACCCGGCGACGAGCAUACCAUUGCGCUGCUGGCCAUGAACGGCCCUAUCGGAGCACCCGGCGGGGCCGUCUUUGUCCGAUACGCCACGCUGGCCUUUGAGUGGAGAACCCCCGGAUACUAG